AGAAAAUUUGUAAACAAUCUACCAGAUACGGAUCAGCAAGUAAUUUCUUUGUGUUAUUGCCAUUGUCGCUAGAGGUUUCCUUAGGUUUUCCAAAUGAAGAAAACAGCGGAAAUGGAAAAAUCCAAGCAAGCAAAAGAUAAAACCAUUCGAAAUCGCAACAAACGUAAGUGUAAACGCAAAAAGGGUGCCAAGCAGCUGAAGACAAAUUUUGAUCAAAGUUUUCCCCGUGAGAGAACUAGCGUUCCCAAACCAUCACCACCAUCAACAGGUAGUGCGAUGCUUUUUAACACACCUCCAAGUUUUGUUCAGUUGAAAAACGCACAAAAUGUUUGGAUAAAAACUUAUCAAAAUGCGGUUAGAUGGCAGUAUCAACAUCAACUCAACUAUUGGAAACAUUGCACGCUACGAUUGCGGGAGGAAAAUGCACGCCUUAGACGGCGUCUUGCUGUACAGGAUUCAGAGGAGGAGGAAGAAGAAGCCGAAGCUCGUGCACAACAACAACAACAACGAAGGCAUGGAACUACUGCUGUGAAGGGAGAGGAAAGUGCGGAUGAGGCUCUACUAGACGAGGAGUUUAUUGCGUUUAUGGAAGUGUCCGCUAGGCAUCGCCUGGAACGAAGGAGGUUAAAAAACGAAAGUGUUCAUUAAUUAGAUUUAUGAAUAAAUUAAGACAGAUUAAAUAUUUCGAAACCAUCACACGACCAGUUUGCCAAUCCAUCAGUAUCGCUUUACGUAACAUAGAGGGCAUGGGAAACGGCAAACAACGGAGUCCCAUCGGGGUAUUUGAUUGAAUUGUUAAUGUAUGAAAAAAGAUUACUUGUAGUUUCAUUAAGUUAUACAUUGGUUGAGAUGUUUGUGUGAUCUAGUAGUAAAAUAUGUCGACUAUCAAUCUACGUCGUUUGCAAUGAUAU